GUGCAAGUAAAAAAGAGUAUGAGAAGGAUAAGGAUUUGUGCGCUCACAACAUUUAUAUCGAUAACGAUUUGGACAAUGUUGUCCAAGAAGUGUUUUGUGUUUCUUCAAAGAAAGACUUAAACAGAGUUAUUGAAAAAUUGGAGCUAACGGAACCUGGUGUAGUGUUUUGAUUUCCAGCCGAUUCCAAACCAACAAGUAACACUUUUAAAGACUUCUUUUGGAAAUUCGUUUCCUCCACUAGGGCAACUAUCACUGCAGAUGAGCCAUCGAAAAAUAUCUUUUUUCAGGAGAUACUCAAGGAAACAAAAAUAGAGUCUGAAUGUAUUCCACAAACAAUUGGAAUAGUAGCAUGCGAGAAAGAUUUGUUUGAACAAUUCCACGCCAGUAAUUCCAUUGCAUUGCCAAAGGAGUGGAUAACUUUGUCACAUUGUACGAAGCUUGUGUUUGUUGACGAAAAGUAUAGAAAAAGAACACUUUGUGUCUUAAAUAAAAAACUAGCGGCGGCCGCACAUGAUAAACCAGUGGUAGUUUUCGAAAUAAGGGAAUCUGAUAAAAAAAAUAACAUCCAAAUCAAAGUAAAUGAUCAAAGACGUACUUGGGAUUCAAGGGAAGAUUUUACGCUCUUCUUAAUUAAAUCUAUGAUUGAUUUUUUACCAAACUUCUCAAUUGAAACUUUUUUACAGUUGGCUGUAGACUUGGAUGUAAAUGAAGACAUUGCAAAACAUCGGUCAGACAUAAACUACAAAGUUGAAUUGAUCACAUACGCCUUCGAAAAUGACAAUUGGCUUCAAGCGAUGACUUUAUUUACUAAUGAAAGGCAGAAGUUUUAUAAAGAUUUACUGUGCUCCCUUGAAAACUUGCAAACUAACUCAGGCACUAUCGAAACAGGUACAAACACGACCGGUUCAAACAAACGGGGAACAAAGCUCAAUAUUUUCCUUUGGGCUAUUGAAAAUGAAAAGUUUACUGUAGCAAAGGGUCUGUGGAGGGAGACGGGGAAUAUGAUGGCCGCCGCUCUUCUCGCAUAUAAGCGAUUAAAGAGGAUGAAAAAGGACAGAGCUGAUGAAGAAGAGGAUGUGAAAAACUUAGAAGAAAUGGCACAAUAUUACAAUGACAACGCAAAAGAUAUUUUGACAGAAUGCUCAAGGAUUGAUAAGAAAAAAACUAAGAAGAUCCUUGUUCGAGACCGAGAUGAGCUUGAUGGAAAGUCCUUAUUGCAAAUAGCACAGAACAACAAACAAUUUAUUGCACAAGAUGCAUGUCAUUAUAAAAUGAACGAAAUAUUUUUUGCUCCACUCGAAAUAAAACAAAAAAGUCAACGAACAUUGCGAAUACUAGUGUGUGUGUUGUUGCCAUUUCUAGCACCAUUACUACUACGAUUCCGAAAAGAAAUCGAAGUUGCGAAUGAGGAUGACUGCAAAAAACAGCGAUCAAAGAUGAUAAAUUUUUUGAAGGCACCGGUAGUGAAGUUUGCUUACAACUUACUGGCAUUCCUAAUAUUUCUUGUCCUUUUUGCGUUAGAUUUAAUGUUUGAUAUUUCUAAAUUGACAAUGAUUGACGGCAUUGUUAUUGCCUAUGCCGUAUCAUUAGGUACUGAAGAAAUCAGACAAAUUUGUAUGCGACCACGAUACUUUAUAGACGCCUGGAAUCAUGUUGACUUUUUAUCGCUUGAACUAUUUGCAUUUGGCAAAAUUUUGAACCAUACAACCUAUUAUUCCGAAAUCGGUCGUGUUUCACUUGCCAUUUCCUUCAUUGGGUUUUCGAUUCGGCUUCUUCAAGUAUUCGCAAUCUUUCCACAGAUAGGACCGUAUUUGAUAAUGAUAAAAAAAAUGUUGGCAGAUACAUUUUACUUCAUAAGGAUUAUAGUAGUUGUGCUGAUAUCGUAUGGCGUUUCUUUACAAGCAGUGUUGAACCCAAACUCGGCGUUUACGUUGUUAACAUUUAUCAUGGCAUUUAAGAAACCAUUCUGGCAAAUAUUUGGGGAGCUUGUUGAGGAUGAUUUAGAAGGUUAUGCUGAAUGUGAAGCCAAUGGAACAGUGACAAACAGCACUGCAUUCUGUCCGUCCACUACGGCGAGAUUUGUGACUCCCCUGCUGCUUGGACUUUACAUGUUAACCGUACAAGUGCUUCUCAUCAACCUCCUUAUUGCAAAGUUCACAAACACCGUUGAAAAAGUUCAGGGAAAAAUCGAAAAGCAUUGGCGUUUUCUGCGGUGUGGGCUGAUCAAUGAAUAUAUUGAUCGGCCAAUAAUCUUCCCACCAUAUACUUCCAUUUAUCAUGUGUACACGUUUAUUCGCUUUUGCGCAGACCGUUCAUGUGCGUCAUCUACCAAUGAUCAUAUGAAAAGACAAUCUGGACACUCUGUUCCAUAUUGUGUCACUUUACGACCCGGAGAAAACAAGAGUCUUCAGGCUUGGGAGAAAAGACGUGCACAAGCAGUCCUCAUAGAGAAGCGGAGAAAUCUAUGCCCAACAUGUGUUUAUGAUAAUAGAUAUUCAGGGGGUAACAAUGCAUCGGGAGAUCGAAUGGCUAUAGCUGCUAUUCAACUCCAGACCCUGGGUAUGAAUAUUAAUCCUGAUGAUCCUACAAUUGACCCAAACACGAGGUUGAUUCUGUACGCUAUAGCUGACACUAAAGAGGAGGUUAGGGGUGUGAAAGAGCAAGUUUUCCGGGUACAAAAAGAUAUUGGAAGUCUGAAGGAUGAAAUCCGAUCUAUUAAAGCGAAAGUUGAUAUCCUUGAGCAUGGACAUGAAUUACUGAAUAGUGAUGUAGCAUCAUUGUCUCUUGCUGAUGAAGUUAAGGAAGAACGUUUGACAAAUAUUGAAAGGCAGUUAAAUAUUAUAGAGUCGGAAAGAGAAGCGUUGAGAAGCAAGGGAAUCCGGGUAUCGAAUGACUUAUCAUUCAUACAGCGACAAAAGCUAAAGGAGCUCAGGAAGAACGGUCUUACUGGUUACUUCCAAAAGGGUAAACUUAUAACCUUUAGACCAAAGGCAACGGCGUUGACUGGCACUGGGGACUUUGAUGGACAAUCCAGAACAUUUAAACGAGCAGCUAGACGUCGGGGUAGGAGUCCAGAUUUAGACCCUGCCUCUGAUAUGGAUAUUGUAAUCUCGGAUGACGAUAGGCCAGCUCGAGUCGACGGAAAUGCCAGAUAG